AUGGAUGCCCGGAAGAAGAAGAGAAAGGUGCUCCUGAUGGGCAAGAGUGGAUCGGGGAAGUCGUCCAUGCGCUCGAUCAUCUUCAGCAACUACGUCGCGAAGGAUGUCCGGCGUCUGGGUGCCACGAUUGACGUCGAGCACAGCCAUGUCAAGUUCAUGGGUAAUCUCACCUUGAACCUGUGGGAUUGUGGAGGACAAGAUGCAUUCAUGGAAACCUAUCUCGCCUCACAGCGCGGCAACAUCUUCUCAGACGUUGCAGUCCUCAUCUACGUGUUUGACAUUGAAUCACGAGAAGUCGACCGCGAUCUCGACACCUACCAUGCCAUAAUCGAAGCGCUGGGCGAAUUCAGCCCAAACGCCUACGUCUUCUGCCUCGUGCACAAAAUGGAUCUCAUCCAAGCCGAGCACCGCCAGCGCAUCUACGAGGAACGCUCCGCCGUAAUUCGAAGCCGAUCGAGCAAUUUCCGCGUCGACACCUUCGCCAGCAGUAUCUGGGACCAAUCACUGUACAAAGCCUGGGCCGGAAUCGUGCACAAGCUUAUCCCGAACCUAGUCGUGAUCGAGCGCUUCCUCAACGCCUUCGCCAAGAAAAUCAACGCAGAGGAAGUCAUUCUCUUCGAGCGCUCUACUUUCCUCACUGUGACCUCCGUGACUUCCGAAGUCGGCGAGCUGAACCCGAUCUACGAUCGUCACGAGCGUCUCUCGAAUAUCAUGAAGGCCUUCAAGCACUGCGCCGCCCGCAAUACCCUCACCACCCCGGCCGCGGCCGGCUUCAUCGUCAUGCAUACUAAAACCCCCCAGUUCAAUAUCUUCCUCGGUCGCUUCACUGAUAACACCUAUAUCUUCCUCGUCGUGCCUCCCGGUGAGGCAUCCUACAACUGCGCCGUUCUCAACACGAUGCUUGCCCGCGAGGGCUUCUCCAAAGCAGCUGCCGGCGGCGGCGUGGGCGGCGAUGGUUUCCCUCUCCCCCCACCUGAAUCAGCGGAGGAUCACUCGCCAAACGGGACGAAUGGUGCCGCCGCGUAA